AUGCAUUCGCUCCGCAGAGUAUUUGCUCUUGUCCAGCCCAAGCCCUGGUUAUAUCCAGUCCGAUUCCUGAGAAUGAAAAUCUGGCGUAAGAAAACCACUUAUAUAGAAGAUGGGCUAAAGUGGCUUGGAUGGCAAGCGCUUGUCCAUGUACUCAGCUUUGGCGAUGUUCUAAAAUGCAUUGUGGAAGGCUUUCAUGGACUUCGGAGUAGUCGACGUAAUGCAAUCAUGGCUCACUACGUGGAUGCAGGGAUCGAGGGCAGGGCAAGCCCGUACAAAACAAAGGAUCUCUCUGAGGCAUUGGACCUGGUGGAUCGAGGCCCGGAUGAACACUAA